AUGGGUCGAAAGAAGAACCAGAAGGGCCGUCAACAGACCACCGCUACUACUGCAGCGGUGGCUCCUAACCCAACCGUCAACUCCGCAGCUCCCCUCGCGCCUUCCGCCAGCGAUCCUCCCGCCAAGGCCACCGCAGCGGAUCCGCCAUCCGCGCUACCGGCCGCAGGCGCGCCCUCCGGGGAAGAUCUCCCGACGAUCAACGUGACCUCGCCUUUCCGCGCCACCGCGAGUCGCGAUUCGAGCGACUCUCACGACGCCGACGACUUCGUCGAGCCGCCGGAGCACUUCAGCGACGGCUCGCGAACUCCGCACGAUGGUAACCGCACUCCAACAUUCGAGGACGCUUCGGGCAGAUUCCCGCUCGAGUCGCCGAUGGCGAACGGUAGCAGCGGCGGAAGCGGCGGGUUCGGCGCGCAAGUGGAGGCGGAGAAGCUGCGGAAGCAGCUGGAGGAGAUGGCGCAGCGCUGCCGGGAGUUGGAGGAGGGGAAGCGCGGAUCGGAGGUUGCGCGAAAGAGCGUUCAGCAGGCGAAGAACGCGCUAGAAAAGGAUCUGGCGGCGGCCGCGGAGAAGACGUCGAAGGCGGAAGAGGCGGCGGCUGCGGGGAAGGCGGAACGCGCGCGCCUGGAGGGGCUGGUGACGGCGGCGGAGGGGGAAGUCGCGCGGCUGAAGGGGGAAGUGGCGGGGAAAGAAGCGGAGGUGGGGAAGUUGCGGGGAGAGAUGGAUCUAGCGAAGAAAGAGGCAGAGGCGUUGAGAGGCGAGAUGAGUGAACAGGUCAGGGCUCAUGAGGAGUUGGUGCGGGAGCUGAAGCAAGAGUCGGAGGCCCUGGUGGCAGCGCGAGACGCGGCGAUCAAGGAAUGCGCGGAAGCCAAGGAUAAAUGCGCCGACCUGUUGAAAGCUUCAGCUGAGGCGGCGGCCAGAGUGGACGAGCUCACCCGCUCCUUGCAGGCGCUGGAGCAAGACAAGCAAAGCUGGGCGGCAGACAGAGAGAAAUGGGCGGCAGAGAAGGCCAGCUGGGAGGAGGAACGGGCAAGCUGGGCGGCUGAGAAGCGGAGCUGGGCGGCAGAGCGGGAGACGUGGGCGGCAGAGCGGGAGACGUGGGCGGCAGAGAAGGCAUUAAAGGAGAAGGCGAGUGGUGAAUGGGACGAAGGGCGGAGAGAGCUGGAGCAGCGUUUGGAGGCACUCACCGCUCAGCUGGCAGCCGCCGAGGCGGCGAGAGCGGAGGCUGAAGCUGCACGGGCAGUGGCAGAAGCGGCGAGAGGAGCGGCUGAGGCAGCAAAAGCAGAGGCGGAAGGAGCGAGAGCAGCGGCAGAAGCGGGGCGAGCGGAGGCAGAGAAGACGUUGGCGGGGAAGAAGGGCGAGUCAGACCAGGCCACCAGGGUGGCGGCCAAGGCAGCAGCGCACCUGGCGGAGCUGCAGCAGAGCCUCACGCAGACGCAGGUGGAGCUGGUGCAGGCGCACUCCGCGCUACAAGACAAGGACGCCCAGUUGACGGGCAAGGACGAGCAGGUGCAGGCUCUGACCGACCAGAUAAAGGCGCUGGAACAGCGCGUGAAGGGUGCGGAAGAGGAGAAGAAUACACACGCGGAGGAGGCGAGGAGGAAGGAGGAGGAGGCAAGGGAGGCGAGGCGAGAGGUUGAAACUGUGAAAGGGGAGCUGGGGGCGCUGCAGGGGGAGUUGAAGGCUGCAGCGCAGCAGCUUGCCCAGGCGAAGCAGGAGGCGGGUGCGGGUGGGGAGAGUGGGGAGAGUGCAGGGAGCAGGGUGGGGGAGCUGGAGGCGAGGGUGGAGGCUCUGCUGGGGGAGGUGGCAUCUGCGGUGCAGGCGCGGGCGGAGGUGGAGGGGAAGCUGGCGAGUGGCAGCCGGGAGAACGCCAGGCUGGCAGAGCUGGCGGCAACCAAGGAAGCAGAGGCCAAGACCAUGUUUCUCCAGCUGGGGCAGGUGAGGCGGGAUAACGCCUCCCUCAGUAGCGAUCUGGCAGCCGCUACAGACAAAAUCCAGGAGCUAGUGGCCAAGAACCGGCGCAUGGACAAGGAGGUAACCGCCGCGGCCGAGGCGGCGUUACGCGAGCAGGAGGGGGGAGGUGGGAGUGGGGGAGGGUGGAGCUCUGUGACCCUGGUGACUGUGGGUGUGGGAGCGGCGGCUGUGGGGGGGUUUGCCGUACUACGACUCAUGGGACCUCGUGUAUGA